AUGGCCAGUGAAGGAGCUCUCUACCUGGUCCUCGAGUACAUCAGCAUCACGCUCUUCAUCUUUCUCGUAGGCCACUGCAACUACCGGUCGAUCAACUAUACCCUCCAGAUAUUUUGCAUCACCGCCAUCUUCAACAACAUCAACGAGUCCUUUCUCAUCUUUCGAUAUGGCGACCAAGUCAUCCCAGACGCCUUUGGAACCGCCGGUUGUAUUAUCUCCGGUGUCUUUGAACAGUUCAUCCCCCUGGCGGUGAGCUCGUUUGCGGCCUGUAUGAGUUUCAACAUCUGGUACUUGAUUGUCCUCCGGACCAAGCGGACCGAGAAGGAACUGUUGAAGUGGUACUGUAUUUUUGCCUAUGGGUUCUCGUUUUUCAUGACGACCAUUGCUGUGAUUCUGUUGAGGAAUGAGCCGUAUUUGUCAUCGUAUCCGCGCAUGUACUAUUGUGACCUGAGGGGCACUCAGGUUACCCGAUGGACGUUUGCGAUCCCCAUGCUCCUCACCGCCAUCGCCGGCAUGCUCUUCUCCGUCCUCACGGUCAUCUACCUCGUCCGCCACUUCCUCUUGAUGCGCCGAACCAUCCACGGAACCACCUCCUCCGGCAGCAUGGCCGUUGAACUCAGUAGCUACUGCAUCCGCCUGCUGAUCUUCUGCAUUGCCUUUGGUAUCCUGGUCCUGAUGGCUGUUCUCGACCGAGUCGUCGAUAGCACAAACCGCGCCCCCGUUGUCUACAACAGCACCCAAGAUCUUUCGGCCUUCUCCGACUUCAGCGGUGCCCUCGUCGGCAUUGUCAUCUUUGUCAUCUUUGGAACCACCAAGGAGGCCUAUAGAACCUUUAAGAAGCUGAUAUUCUGUGGUAGUGGACGUAAUGGUCAUGGUACAGGUGGUAGUGAUUGGGAUUGGUUGCCGAAGUGGAUCCCUGAACGGUUCCGUCCUAAGAGGUCGGAGAGUAUGAACCCGAUGUCGUCGCCCUUGUCGUCUGGAGCGAGCGGGUCUCGUUCUGUGACUGGAUCCGGUGUGGAUCGAGGUGGGUAUCCUCGAGGUGGGAAUGCGUUGGAGGCCAGUACGAGGGAGAAGAAGCGACCUGGUCGUUCGGAGGUGACAGACACCAACUCGGUCAUGACCUUUGAUGAGGACAUCCUGGGAGCCUACAGUGUCACUAAGGCCAAGAGCAACUAUGAUAACUAUAACGCCUACCACAACUACACCUUCCGUACCACUGAGCCUCCUACUGCUCCCGGCAACAACAUGAAGGAUAACAGAGACGAGUACGACUUAGAGUCUGGGUACUCUUCCCCCUUGGAAUCUGUAGCAUCUGCGCCAUCAUCCAAGGCGUCCUCAAGGGACUCACUCCCCCCUCCCCCACCGCCACGACGCUCCUUGUCGACAAUCGAGCAGCACUACGGUGCCAACGCCGCUAGGACUCAAUCGCCCCCACCCAUGGUCCAGCGCACGUCCGCCAACUUUGCUGAGCUUUCGAUGCCCUCUCAUCCUCGUCCUCAGUCCCUCCCUCUUCCAACUCAGCCUCAUCCUCAUCCUCAGUCGGUGUCGACGCGUGUCUCGUCCAACUUUGCCGAGCUGUCGCUCCCCCCUCAGACUUACAUUCAUCGAGGAUAG